AUGAGAGCAAAUUCUGUUCUCUUUACUCCUCUUCAAUGCGGUCCAAUGCUUUUGAAAAACCGCUUCAUGAGAUCUCCAACAUGGGAGGGCCUUUGUGAUGAUAAUGGUUUUCCAACAAAGAAGCUCCUUGAUAUGAUGGUAAAUCUUGCAAAAGGAGGAACAGGUUUGAUCAUUCCUGGAUACAUGUAUCCAAUUGCUCAUGGCAAGGCAGCACCUCGUCAAGCAGGUAUAUUAUCAAAACAACAUGCCGAAGCUUGGAAAUCAACAAUCGAGAAAAUUCAUAGUUACGGAGCGAAAAUCGUCUUCCAAAUCGGUCAUGGUGGAAUUAGAUGCAAUCCAACUUUAAUUGGCCGCGAACCAAUUGGUUGCUCACCACUUUUACCAAAUUUAGUCGGGAGGUGA